CCUCGCCCCCUCGCACUUCCGUGUGCCGCUGCGCGGGAGCUAGAGGCUGCGGACCCGGGAUCACUUGAGCGACCCCCGGCGUUCGCCCGCCGCGCCGAGGCCCGGGUGGUACCUCACCGGCCACCAGGCCCGUCCGGGUCGGGUGCGCACCGAACCCCCAUCCGCGCGCGCGCCCGGGAGCCGCGCCGAGAGCCAGACUCUAGCCACCGCGACCCCUGGCGCCUGGCCCGAGCCCGGAGGUCUGCCAGGAACUGGCCCAGGUGAGGGCGGUGGGCCUACUUCUGGUGGUGGUUGUGUGGCAGUGGUGGCAGCAGGAGCCAGGACUACGGACAAAGGGGAGCCAGGAGCCCCAGCCCUGCUGCAAGCCCCAACAUGGCACCGUUCCUGCGCAUCUCCUUCAACUCCUAUGAGCUGGGCUCCCUGCAGGCCGCAGAUGAGGCAAGCCAGCCCUUCUGUGCUGUGAGGAUGAAGGAGGCACUCAGCACAGAGCGUGGGAAGACGCUGGUGCAGAAGAAGCCCACCAUGUACCCCGAGUGGAAGUCCUCGUUUGAUGCCCACAUCUACGAAGGUCGCGUCAUCCAGAUUGUGCUGAUGCGAGCUGCGGAGGAGCCAGUGUCCGAGGUGACAGUGGGUGUGUCGGUGCUGGCCGAGCGCUGCAAGAAGAACAAUGGCAAGGCCGAGUUCUGGCUGGACCUGCAACCCCAGGCCAAGGUGUUGAUGUCUGUGCAGUAUUUCCUGGAAGACAUAGAUUGCAAGCAGUCAAUGCGGGGUGAAGACGGGGCCAAGUUCCCAACGAUGAACCGCCGUGGAGCCAUCAAACAGGCCAAAAUUCACUACAUCAAGAACCACGAGUUUAUCGCCACCUUCUUUGGACAGCCCACUUUCUGCUCUGUGUGCAGAGACUUUGUUUGGGGUCUCAACAAGCAAGGCUACAAGUGCAGGCAAUGCAAUGCUGCCAUCCACAAGAAAUGCAUCGACAAGAUCAUUGGCCGGUGUACGGGCACUGCAGCCAACAGCCGGGACACCAUAUUCCAGAAAGAACGUUUCAACAUUGACAUGCCACACCGGUUCAAGGUUUAUAACUACAUGAGCCCCACCUUCUGCGACCACUGCGGCAGCCUGCUCUGGGGGCUGGUGAAGCAGGGAUUAAAGUGUGAAGAUUGUGGCAUGAACGUGCACCAUAAGUGCCAGACGAAGGUGGCCAACCUCUGUGGCAUCAACCAGAAGCUCUUGGCCGAGGCCUUGAACCAAGUCACCCAGAGACCUGCCCGGAGGUCGGACUCCGAGACUGCAGAGACUGUUGGGAUCUACCAGAAUUUUGAGAAGAAGCCAGGAGUCUCUGGAGAUGAUGUCCCAUGUGAAGGAACUGGGACCUACGGCAAGAUCUGGGAGAGCAGCACCAAGUGCAGCAUUGACAACUUCACCUUCAUCAAGAUCCUGGGCAAAGGCAGCUUCGGGAAGGUGCUGCUCGCAGAGCUGAAGGGCAAAAAGGAAUUCUUCGCCAUCAAGGCCCUCAAGAAGGACGUGGUUCUGAUCGAUGAUGACGUGGAGUGCACGAUGGUGGAGAAGCGGGUGCUGGCGCUCUCCGGGGAGAAUCCCUUUCUCACCCAUCUCUUCUGCACCUUCCAGACCAAGGACCACCUGUUCUUUGUGAUGGAGUUCCUCAAUGGGGGCGACCUGAUGUAUCACAUCCAGGACAAAGGCCGCUUCGAGCUCUACCGUGCCACGUUUUAUGCGGCUGAGAUAGUCUGUGGACUACAGUUUCUACACCAGAAAGGGAUCAUUUACAGGGACCUUAAGCUGGACAACGUGAUGCUGGACCGGGAUGGCCACAUCAAGAUUGCUGACUUCGGCAUGUGCAAGGAGAACAUGUUUGGGGACAAACAGGCCAGCACCUUCUGCGGCACCCCUGACUACAUCGCCCCCGAGAUCCUGCAGGGCCUGAAGUACUCAUUCUCCGUGGACUGGUGGUCCUUUGGAGUCCUUCUCUAUGAGAUGCUCAUUGGUCAGUCCCCCUUCCACGGUGACGAUGAGGACGAACUCUUUGAGUCCAUCCGUGUGGACUCACCGUAUUAUCCCCGCUGGAUCACCAGGGAGUCCAAGGACAUCCUGGAGAAGCUGCUUGAACGGGAUACAACCAAGAGGCUGGGAGUGACAGGGAACAUCAAAAUCCACCCCUUCUUCAAGACCAUCAACUGGGCUCUGCUGGAGAAACGUGCAGUGGAGCCGCCCUUCAAGCCCAAAGUGAGGUCUGCUGGAGACUACAACAACUUCGACCAGGAGUUCCUGAACGAGAAGCCGCGCCUCUCCUACAGCGACAAGAACCUCAUCGACUCCAUGGACCAAACAGCAUUUGCCGGCUUCUCCUUUGUGAACCCCAAAUUCGAGAGGCUCCUGGAAAAUUGAGGUUGCCAGACACGUGCCCCCAGCCCACCCCAGCCAGGGAGCCUGGGUCAGCCAGCACGGCCUGCUGACCUGGCCCAGGCAGAGCAGGCAGGGCCCCCCACUUCAUCGGCACCUGCCUGUCCCCCACGAUAAGUAGCAGUGUGAUUGUCAUAAUUUCUGCUGCUGCCUGUCUCCCUCGUCCCCCAGAGAGGCCUCAGCUCCUGUCUGGCUGGGCUUUCAUGGUACUUCCUCUGUGAAUUGUAUGUGAAUUUGCUUUUCCUCUGCCCUCAGAGGGAAAUUGUAAAUCCUGUGUUUCAUUACUUGAAUGUAGUUAUCUAUUGAAAAAAAUAUGUAAAAUAUAUAUAUAUAUAUAUAUAUAUAUAUAUACACGCCUAUAUAUAUAUAUAUAUAUAUAUAUACACACGCCUAUAUAUAUAUGUAUAGGCGUGUAUAUAUUGCUCAGUAGAGAAAAAUGUGGGGGACUGGUGAUAUGAUCUUUUAAAAUAUAUAUAUAUUAUAUAUAUGACACACACCCUCCCCACCUCCCACCACCCCCCCACCCAAAAAAAAAAAAAAAAAGAGCACAAGCUGUUUGAAACGCCAGGUUCUUUUAUUUGUGUGUCUAAAUAAACACCAACUGAUGCUGACCUGGCUAUCAGGACACGUUUCUCCCAGGAAGCUGGUGGCUGCUGCUCCCACUUCUGGCAGCUCUGUCUUGGAAGUUAAACCGAGCUGUUAGCUGCAGAUGCAGACCCCUGGGCUUUCAUGCAAAUGUGUUUGUAUUUAUGGGUUUCCUCUGGCUCCAGGGCCAUGGGCCAAAAGCAGAAAACUUUUCUGGGUGGCUGAGGGAGCCCCAGGUGUCUCUGUGGGGUGAUGGGAGGAGGAGGGACCAGCUGCAGAGAGUCUAUCUCAGAAGAGUGAGGGGCGAGCGCUGAAAAGCAGAACAGUGCAAGGUCUGGCGGGGAGAUGUGAGCAAAGUCGUCGAGGCCAGCCCAGGCUGGGGAGGAGGACAGGGGAGAGAAUGGAAAUACAGCUCAGGCUUCAGACAGCUCUGGAUUCAAAUCGCAGAGUAGCCAAAAGAUUCGGCUUUUAAGAUGUCACUUAAUCAUUUGAAACCUCCGUUUCCUCAUCUGUAAAAUGGGGACAAAGCAAGGUGGUACUCGGUGUAACUCCUCAUCUCAUGUUUGUCCCCGCCCUUGCCACAGAGGAGUCUGUGUCUGAGUUCUAGAAUCUAUAUCUCAGGAGCUCUUUCCUACCUGGGGACAGGGAGGGGAGCAGGGUAGGAGAAAAAAGUGAGAAAAUGCCGAGUGGCCGGGUUGAGGUUGAGAGACUUGCUCAGUGUGCCCGUGUGCAGCGAGGAAACUGGUGGCAGCCGGUGUCCCCCUGAGCGUGCAGCUUUCUGUCCCCACCACUUCAACACCUGCUCACGGCUUCCUGUUUCUUCCUCUCCGCCUCUCUCUGGGCACAGGCCUCAGGCAGGGCCCUCCCUGCAGCCCCUCUGGUCCAGCCCCAGGCCCUCGUCCCUGGUGGUGGACGAGGUGCCCCCAGCGCCGGAUUGGCUGGCCCUGGCAUCCAAGUAGCUGACUUCCAGCAAGUUCAUUUUUCUGGACUGAGGUACAAGUUUCCACAGCUGGAGAGGUGCCAGAUGAGGGGGGGCUGAUACUGCGGGGAUUGGGGGCCAAACCCUCCCCAGAGAGACCUAAGUGUCUCCCUGUCUUCUCCAUCUGCCAUCCUCUUGGGAAACACUUGAAUCCCUGCUCUGCGUCCAGCAGUGAAAGCCCCAGAAGUGGGGCUUUUUCCCCUUGGGCUCACAGUCAGGGGGGGAGACACAGCGUGACAUGGGCUGUGCUGGGGAAUGCUGGGGCUCUGAGAGCCCAGAGGAGGAGCCUGGAGACCCCUGUUCCCUACUUCUGUUGCACAGGCCCCAGAAGCCCCCGGGGUGGUCCAGAGUGUGUUUAGAACAGAACUACAGUUGGUGAGUGAAUUCAGAGUCUCUCCCGUCGUCCUGCAGCUCCAAGGCAGAGCCAUGCAGCCAGAGCCCAUUUCCUCCUGCGUGGGCUGGGAGACUAAGUCGUUUUUCAGCCAGAGGCUGUGGAGGGUGGCGGGAAGAACGGAAGUGUGAGUUCUACUCCGCUACCCACACACUGUAACCACCACGAGUUUCUUCCUUAGGCCUCAGUUCCUCAUCUGUAAAACGGGACCAUUACUCCUUACUGGCUCUUGGAGCUCCCAGCUCUGGGGAAUCCCUCAGAGACUGAUGCUCGGUACCCCAUGGGGCUGGGCAAAGCCUGGGGGAUGGGGAAGCAGCUGCCAGGGAUGCUGCCAAACUGCCUGGGAAGCUGUGCGGCUCGAGGCCUGUUCCCAGAGUUGCACAGGCACCAGGACUGAUGGGUGGCCCAGGAAAUGCCUCUCGUGGCUGGGCCCGGAGCCACGCUUUCACUGGGAACUGGGGGUCUGGAAGACGGCCCUCCACCUGCCAGGUUCGUGGCAACCCUGCGUGGAGCAAGUCGAUCGGCACCAUUUCUCCAACGGCAUUUGUUCACUUCGUGCUUCUGUGUCACAUUUUGCACCACCAACUGUGCCCAUAUAAGAACUUAAUUCGAACUUCCCUGGUAGUCCAGUGGUUAGGACUCCAUGCUUCCACUGCAAGGCACAUGAGUUCAAUCCCUGGUUGGGGAACUGAGAUUCCACUUGCUGCACAGCACAGCCAAGAAAAACGCAAAAAGAUGAGAAUCCACCUGCCAAUGCAGGGGACACGGGUUCGAGUCCUGGUCUGGGAAGAUCCCACAUGCCACGGAGCAACUAAGCCUGUGGGCCACAACUACUGAGCCCACGCUCUAGAGGCUGCAAGCUACAACUACUCUAGAGCCCAUGUGCCACAACUACUGAAGCCCAUGCGCCUAGAGCCGGUGCUCCACAACAAGAGAAACCACCGCAAUGAGAAGCCUGCACACUGCAACAAAGAGUAGCUCCUACUCGCUGUAACUAGAGAAAGCCUGCGUGCAGCAAUGAAGACCCAACGCAACCAAGAUAAAUAAAUUUAUUUUUUAAAAAAGGAAAUACAUUUCACAAGGCUAUAGCUGCCACACAUAGUGAUUCCUCUGAUGGAUCUAAAAAUUGAAAACCUUUUGGAAAAGGUUUACCAUCCUAGAUGUCAUUAAGACAUUUGUGAUCCAUAGAAAGAGGUCAAAAUAACAUUAAGAAGAGUUUGGAAGAAGUUGAUUCCAACCCUCAUGGAUGACUUUGAGGGGUUCAGGACUUCAGUGGAGGAAGUCACUGCAGAUGUGAUGGAAAUAGCAGAAGAACCAGAGUUAGAAGUAGAGCCUGAAGAUGUAACUGAAUUGCUGCAAUUUCAUGAUAAAACUUUUAACGAACGAGGAAUUGCUGCUUAUGAAUGAACAAAGAAGGUGGUUUCUUGGGAUGGAAUCCACUCCUGGUGAAGAUGCUUUGAAGAUUAUUGAAAUGACAAUAAAGGGUUUAGAAUAUUACAUAAACAUAGUUGAUAAAGCAGUGGCAGGGCUUGAGAGGAUUGACUCCAAUUCUGGAAGAACUUCUGUGAGUAAAAUGCUAUCAAACAGCACUGUGUACUAUAGAGAAAUCAUUCAUGAAAGGAAGAGUCAUUUGAUAUGGCAAACUUCAUUUUUGUUUUAUUUUAAGAAAUUGUCACAGCUUCCGCAAUCUUCAAGCAACCACCACCUUGAUCAGUCAGCAGCCAUCAACAUCGAGGCAAAACCUUCCACCAGCAAAAAGAUUACAACUUGCUGAAGGCUCAGAUGAUGGUUAGCAUUUUUUAGCAAUAAAGUACUUUUUAAUUAAGGUAUGUA